CUCAACAACGGAACCACUCAGUGCAGCCGCGACAACCAGUUGACGCGGAUAGUUUAUUUUGUAAAUCAUAUAUAUAUACAUAUAUAUCAUACAUACAUAUAUAAAAAAAAAAUUUCUACUUAUUGUUUACACCAACAAUUUUAUUAAUAUAUAAAAGCGCAGUUAUAUAUUUUUUAAAAAAAUUACGGCGGAUAUCAAACUACUAAUUGAUAUCGUGACUUUAAUCACAAAAAAAAUAUUUAUUUUUUAUAUAAUUUUUUAUUUAAUUAUUAUUAUUAUUUAUUAUAAAAUGCAAAGUUCAAAACUGUGACAAGUAUUAAUAAAUAUAUAUUCAUAUUAUUAAUUUAAAAGUGAAAGUUAAUAAGUUAUUUAUUGAAAUCUAAUGAUCAUUUGUGACGUUGAUAUUUAUGUAUUUGUGUUAUUAAUGGUGCAUCUUAAUGGUACUGCGGUGGAUUAUAAAUAUUAUGUUAUUAAAAAAAUAACAGAUGCUGAUUUUUUUAAUACGGGGGUUUUUUAUUUUGCUAAUUAAUUGACGGAUUGAUUUGAAUUAUGGUUGCUGGGGUUCGAAACGUGGAUUUAUAAAUUUUCUGUACUUCAGUUUAUUGACAUCACGGAUUCGCUGUUUAUUUUUAAAGAUCUCAAGAAAAUGAGAAAACACACGAUGUUUUGCGUCGCGACGCCAUUAACCUUGGCUCUGGUACUACUUUCGAUCGCACGACAAUGUGACUCUGUUUCUGAGAGUAUCAUCGGCAGUCGAGAAACUUGUGAUAUCGAAGGGGAAGAUUUCACAGUUGACAAAAUACCAAACACAAGAUGUUUCAGUUGCAUCUGCAAGAACGGAUUUGUCGAGUGCUUGCAACAACAGUGUCCAAGUAUCGAGGGAUGUUACACUUUAUUAGAACGACAUGACGACGAAUGUUGUCAUCGAUGCAAAGGCUGCGUGAGGAACGGAGUCCAUCAUGCAUCGGGUACAGAAUGGACAGAGCCGAGUGACCCGUGCAGAAUAUUGGCGUGCAAAGCCGGAGUAAUAACAGAAUCAAAAUUACGGUGCUACACGCCCUGUAAAAAUCCAGUACCGCCAGCAGCAGGUCAGUGCUGUCCAACAUGCUCGGGAUGUUUCGUUAAUGGGCAAAAAGUAACUGCCGACCGGACAGUAACGACCACUGAAGACCCGUGUGUUACUUGUCGAUGCAACAUGGGCAGAUUGACUUGCGCCAAACAGGCGUGUCCGGUCCAACAUUGUCCUCUGUCGCGGAUUGUCCAUGAACCUGGUGAAUGUUGUCCUCAUUGUACUGGUAGCGGACGUUACAUGUCACCUCCAAAAGGCGCCUGUAUGCUCAGCCAGGCAAUUUAUAAUUCCGGGUCAACAUUUUAUGUUGACCAGUGCACGCGAUGCUCGUGUUUAAAUUCAACGAUAUCGUGCAUUAAAGAGACCUGUCCUGUUUUGGAAUGUACAGCUGAGCACCAGGUGACGUUGCCGGGGCGAUGCUGUCCUCAAUGUCCGGUUGUUGGAGAAGAAACACGUGCUUCUUGUCUUUACGGUGGACAUACUUACCUGGAUGGCGAGUCAUGGAAACUUGAUUCCUGCAAAGCAUGCGCUUGCAUGCAGGGUAAAGUACGAUGUGCCAUGCCCAUGUGUCAGCCAAUUAAUCUUCCAUGUCCGCCAAAUUCGCGGUUGGAACACCCAGACGGUCAAUGCUGUCCACGCUGCGUUGAAAGUGACGGCGUGUGUACAGUUUUUGGUGACCCUCAUUACAAAACAUUCGAUGGUAAAUUUUUUAGCUUUAAAGGUCCAUGUAAAUAUCAAUUAGUUAGUGAUUGUCUGGGCCAUACAUUCAGUAUUCGUGUUACAAAUGACGCUAAAUCAUCACGAUCAUCAGCUUGGACCAAAACUAUCGCCUUAAAAAUGGGAGACUUGAGAGUAAAUCUCGGGCAGCGGAUGAGAGUCAAAGUGAAUGGGAUGAAGAUCGACGUCCCUUAUCGACUACCGAACAAGCUGGAGAUCAACCGAACUGCCGACAGCAUUCUGGUGAACACUAAGAUCGGUAUCAAAAUACUCUGGGAUGGAAUUGGAUUCAUUGAGGUCUCGGCACCCACGAGCUAUCGCGAAAGACUGUGCGGUCUGUGCGGUAACUUUAAUUCGAUGCCCAAAGAUGAUUUUACUACGAGAAGAGGGAGACUAGUUCAGGAUCCGUAUCCUUUCGGGCAAUCCUGGGCCGUUGGUUCAAAGAAAUCAUGCGGGAAACCGAGAGUCGAUCGGGAACGAAGGUGCAGAAGUCGACAAGAUCAUCGACUAUGCAACCGCUUGAGAUCUCAAAUAUUCGAGCCAUGUCACAAAAAAGUAAACCCAACAAUGUACUACAAAUCGUGUCUCCAAGACAUGUGUGAAUGUCCAACGGACAAUUGUUACUGUCAAUCAUUUAUCGCGUACGUUCGCGAAUGCCAGCGAUUAGGAAUUCAGUUACCACACUGGAGAAAAUCAACAAGAUGUCGAGCUGUCUGGGAUAUAACGACUCCUGGCACAAAUAAUAUCAGACGACGUCGUCAUUAAUUAUUAUUAUUAUUUUAUUUGUAUAUAGUUUGAAUUAAAGAAAAAAACAAAUUUAUUAAACUGUUUGAUAUAAAUAGAAAUAAUAAUAAAAAUUAAUAAUAAUAAUAAUAAUGUAUUUUCUUAUGGAUGAAAUGCUGUUGCGGUACAGGUUGCCUGACUGUUGAUGGAAUUAUUUAUAAUAAUUCAAUUUUACUAGUCAUCUUUAUGUGUUUGUAUGCUCUGUAUUCAAUGGUAAUUUAUAUUCCAACUUUUCUAAAUAUAAAUAAUAUAAAUAUUUUAUUUAUU